AAUUUCACCGAUUUUUUGCUUGCAGCCAUGUUUCGGUGAUUUUUUUCGCCGAUUUUAACAGAAAUUUGGCGAAAUUUCUCCCGUCGACAUUUCGCCCCCCUCUUUCGUAUCGCCGGCCACCGAAACCCGAAAUUUCGGCGAAAUUUCCGCGAAAAAAAUGGAAACUUUCAUCCUUGUCCUCUGGUUUAUUCGUCCUCUUGAGUCUCCCACAGCCCCUGAGCCAUGGCGGAACAGACGGAAAAGGCGUUCUUGAAGCAGCCCAAGGUGUUUCUAUAACCGCCGCCGGCAUAUUGCAGUUCGGCGACCGAAGUCAGUGGAAGGAUUCUCGACUCCUGAUACCAUAGCCUUAGUCUACCUACUUGGGGUCCGGUCCAGGCUCAGCCCAUUAUCAUCUGUAUUAGAGUUCAGUACGUUCGCAGCACAAGAAGCCGGGGUCUCUAUUUACACAGAAGCAUUCAAUCAUUUCUUUUCCCAACGCUGCGUUUCAAUCUCUGAAUUCGAGGAUGGUGGGUCUAUCUGUUGGUGAGAAGCAUUUCAUACAGGGUGGCAUUGCUCAAGACCUUCGUACUGAUGGUCGAAGAAGGUUAACAUAUCGACCUUUCAAUGUAGAAACUGGAGUCAUCCCACAGGCUAAUGGAUCAGCAAGAGUCAGGUUGGGUGGAACUGAUGUUAUUGCCAGUGUGAAGGCUGAACUUGGAAAACCAAGCCCAUCACAACCUGACAAGGGAAAGGUCAAUAUAUACGUGGAUUGCAGUCCCACGGCUGCACCAAUGUUUGAGGGCAGAGGAGGGGAGGAAUUGUCAACAGAACUUUCAGGUGCUCUUCAGCAUUGUCUCCUUGGUGGUAAAAGUGGAGCAGGGGCUGGAAUUGAUCUCUCAUCUCUGGUAGUUGUGGAAGGAAAGGUUUGUUGGGAUCUCUAUAUUGAUGGCCUUGUGGUUAGUUCUGAUGGAAAUCUGCUGGAUGCCUUAGGUGCUGCCAUUAAGGCUGCUCUGACCAACACGGGCAUCCCAAAAGUCGAAGUUGCCGUUGGUGCAUCUGGGGAUGGCCUACCAGAGGUUGAUAUAAGUGAUGAUGAAUAUUUACAGUUUGACACCUCUGGGGUCCCUGUCAUAGUUACCUUAACAAAGGUUGGUAGGCAUUAUAUUGUAGAUGCAACUUUAGAAGAGGAAUCCCAAAUGAGCUCAGCAGUUUCUGUUUCAGUGAGCGGGCAAGGCCGCAUAUGUGGGCUGAUCAAACGAGGGGGUGCAGGUCUAGAUCCAAGCGUUAUUCUUGAUAUGAUAUCUGUGGCAAAACAUGUAAGUGAACAGCUUAUGAAUAAAUUGGAUUCUGAGAUAUCUGCUGCAGAAGCCUGUGAAGAAGAGUCAUGACUACCUUGGAACUCCUGAUAUCACUCAACCUAGCUCUAUACAAAACUGUAGUUGGAUGCAGAAUUUGUUGUACACUAACAAACUAACCGAAUUACCAGAGUAGCAUUCUGUAUUCUUAUUUACAAAAGUUGUUCACAUUUUUCUUAGCACAUGAAUGGGAAUACGCAUGCAGGUUUUUUUUUGUUUGAAGUACUUUGUAGUCAUUAUGUUUGUCUUCUCACUUGUUAGUACUAUUUUGUUCUCA